ACGGCGGAAGUGGAAUAUGCCCGGCGCACUUCCUUGACACGCAUCAACCGGUCAUUCAAGCAGCUCUGUACCUGACUUCCACGGGUCGAUAGUCAUUCAUUGAGUGCAGCUCUGUCUUAUCCGUACGGUUUAUGAUUGUGGGUUUGCUGCACAGGCUGUCGGAGAAGCUUCCAAGCGUUGUGCACAGGUUGAGUGUGAUGAUGAAGCCGCAGGUUGUUUUUGUUUUGGGCGGGCCUGGCGCGGGGAAAGGGACACAAUGCGCGAAAAUCGUGGAGAACUACAGCUACACUCACCUGUCUGCCGGAGACCUGCUGAGAGAGGAGCGCAGCCGCACGGGCUCCGAGUUUGGUCAGCUCAUUGACAACUACAUCAAAGAGGGCAAGAUAGUUCCCGUUGAAAUCACCAUCAACUUGCUGAAAAAGGCAAUGGAACAGACCAUGAAAGCCGAUGAAAAGAAGUUCCGCUUUCUCAUCGAUGGUUUCCCACGAAAUCAAGACAACCUGCAGGGAUGGAACACUGUCAUGGAUGGGAAGGCAGAUGUCAAGUUUGUUCUUUUCUUUGACUGCAGUAAUGAGGUGUGCAUUGACAGAUGUUUAGAGCGGGGGAAGAGCAGUGGACGCACUGAUGACAACAGAGAAAGUCUAGAGAAAAGGAUCCAGACGUACCUCCAGUCCACACGGCCCAUUAUAGAGCAGUACGAGAAGCAGGGGAAGGUGCGCAAGAUUGAUGCCUCCCGAUCAGUGGAUGAGGUGUUUGGGGAUGUGAAAAACCUUCUGGAUAAAGAAGGCUAAACAUGUCAAAGCAAAAAUCCAAAUUCUUAAAUCAAGGUGUCUGUUUAUUGUCGGCAGUGCUAUGACUUCUUCAUGUAUCCAUAUCUAAAUUUUUACUCAUUCAACAGUAAAAUAGGGUUUUUUUUUUAGACAUGAGAGAGUGUGUGCUUAUAUCUAUGUUUGUAAGUCUGAAAGGACAACACUUUUGUUGAGCAGACGAUCUGUAUUUGCUCAAUAUUACACUGAAGAGGAACAAUAUUUCAGUAGCGAAUCAAGCAAGCUUGAGCAAUAACGUUCAGGGCAAUUCUAUAGGAACAGAACAUGCACACUUCCGCUCUUAACUUCAGGAUAAUCUUCCACGUCAUUUGUGUGAGAGAUGUUUAGAAACCUCUGCCAUUCAGUGUAAAAAACACAAUUAGAAAUGAGCCAAGAACAGUUCUUACAGAGUUCAUUCUCCUAAGCUAAUGAGUGAUUAUAAAUGACCAACAGGAAGUAAGAGUAUUUGAGUAGAUUUCCAAACCUGUUUGUUAUAUUUGGUGACAUGUUUCUCAUUGUUUUGUAUAGUAAUCCACAGCAGGUUCUGAGGACCGUUAGCUGGCCGCCCAGUAGAGAGCUGAGUUUUAGCUGUUUAGCUGUUUUUCUUUUAUCAUAUUGUGGCUGCUGUAUUCCAAACACAUGCCGUCUUUGCUCAGGCAGUAGAUUUUAAGAUGUGGGGAAUGGGGGCUCAUGCUUUUAUUUGGUUGUCUCUGCGUCUUCGGGGUUGUUCAUGAAUAAACUGAAUGUGUCAUAUUGAUGUGACGGUUCCAUAGAUAACACAAAACAAUAUAUGAAAUAUCAAGGAUGACAGAACCCUCUGAAAAAUAAAUAAACAUUCUGAUGUUGAAUGUCUUCUGGCUCCAAUCUGAUGCUCAGUUUGAGUUUUGUAACAGUUUUACAUCAGUAAUUCUAAACUCUGCACUACAGGAGAAGAAUAAAGCCUUCUUGAGUUAAAUGCUAUUACAUAUAUAUGGCAGGCACUAUUAUAUGCAUUACCAUUUUUUUUCUCAUGAAAUAAACUGAAAAUGUAAAAAAGAA